GCCGUAGGGCUGGCGCGCCUUUCCGGCUCUGCACGCGGCGCCGCGGGAGAACCUUGGGGGCGCUGUGCUGCAGCCUCUUGGUUCCCGUUACCUGUUCGAGCCCUGCAUUCAGGGGUCCGUCCCUUGCCGCCCCGGUACCCUUACGUCUCUCAGCCCCCGACUUUUGCUCUGAGAGGCCCUGACAGGGCGCCGAGAGGGGGGUAGUGUCAUGUGCUACCGCCCCUCUCCCCCGAAGGCAGCGUCUUGUGCUAAAGAAAGUGAGCUGUUACAGAGGCGGUGCAAACCCUGAGCAUCAAGAGUGGCACCUCCAAGCUCCUUCCCUGGGAACUACACUCAGCAUCCCAGCAUUAAGCCGCCAUAGCUUUGAGCAUCUGUGCUUUAUCUUGAUUUAUUUUGUGCAUCUAUUAACAAGAUGUGUCCUAAGGUACUGAUUAGGAUGAAUGUGAUUUGGAGAAAUUAUUUUUCUUGUCUAAGGAUAAGAAAGGUGCCUCACAGAUGCCAAAGUAGUUAUCACCCAGUGGCCCCUCUGGGAUCAAGGAUUUUAACUGAUCCAGCCAAAGUUUUUGAACACAACAUGUGGGAUCACAUGCAGUGGUCAAAAGAAGAAGAAGCAGCAGCCAGAAAAAAAGUAGAGGAAAACUCAGCUGUGCGAGUCCUUCUGGAAGAACAAGUGAAGUAUGAGAGUGAAGCUAGUAAAUAUUGGGACACAUUUUAUAAGAUUCAUAAGAAUAAGUUUUUCAAAGAUCGUAAUUGGCUGUUGAGGGAAUUUCCUGAAAUUCUUCCAGUUGGUCAAAAAACUGAAGAGAAGGUAAAAGAAUUAUCAUGGAAUCAUGUAAAAGUUCAUGCUGCAAAUUGUUUCUCAAGAAUGCACUGCCCUACUAUGCCUGAAGAAAAAAAUCAUUAUAGAGAAAGUUCUGGCUCAUCAGAUGGUCAAAACAAAGCAGGAUCUGAUUUUUCCAACCUAGACUCCAAAGAACACAGAAAAGGACCUCUGAAGACUGAAUUGUUUCCUGGUAGCAACGCCACUUUCAGAAUCCUAGAGGUUGGCUGUGGUGCUGGGAAUAGUGUUUUUCCAAUUCUGAACACUUUGCAGAAUGCUCCAGAGUUCUUUCUUUAUUGUUGUGAUUUUGCUUCUGGAGCUGUGGAGCUGGUAAAGUCGCACGCGUCAUACAGAGCAGCCCAGUGCUGUGCCUUUGUUCAUGACGUUUGUGACGAUGGCCUACCCUACCCUUUUCCAGAUGGGAUCCUGGAUGUCAUUCUCCUCGUCUUUGUGCUCUCUUCCAUUCAUCCUGACAGGAUGCAAGGUGUUGUAAACCGACUGUCCAAGUUACUGAAACCUGGGGGGAUGCUGUUAUUUCGGGACUAUGGAAGAUAUGAUAAGACUCAGCUUCGUUUUAAAAGGGGGCAUUGUUUAUCUGAAAACUUUUAUGUUCGAGGAGAUGGUACCAGAGCAUAUUUCUUUACAAAAGGGGAAGUCCACGAUAUGUUCUGCAAGGCUGGGUUAAAUGAGAAGCAAAAUCUGGUCGAUCGUCGCUUACAAGUUAAUAGGAAAAAAAAAGUGAAAAUGCACCGAGUGUGGGUUCAAGGAAAAUUCCAGAAACCAUUACCCUUCACUUAAAAAAGCUCCAAAUUGGUACUUUUACUCUUUUCUCAUGGCUGAACUAUGUAUCAUGUUAAGGUACAAACCAGAGGAUUACACUAUUCAAAGUCUUCUGUAAAUCUUUCAUUUUUGAAAAGACAGUCAGAAGAAGAGAAUUUGUAUACCCUGCUGUUUACCGUGGGUGGGCUCUUUUGUGCAUUUUAAGCACAUGUAAGUGAUUUGGAAGAGAGCACAAUAUUCUGUGUUUUCAAAACUUAAUAUGCUAAAGCUUGUUUGGAUUUAUUACAUCUUAACCAUUUUGUUUGUUCUUUGAGUUUUAUAAGCAUUCAGUUAAAUUACUGAUAUAAGUCAGAUGAUUCUGAGAAGCAGAAACCUGCCAUUUUUUAGAAGUGAAAAAAACCCAUCUACUUUAUUUAUACAUUAGUUGAACACAGUUGAACUCUCCUCCAUUGUUAACUGAUAGCAGAGAGGCAGCUCACCUUGUUUCCAAGGAAAGUCACAAGACCAAGACAAAAGUAUAUAUUUUUUUGUUUUGUCGUUGUUCGUCCCAAAACUUUUUUUUUCUUUAAUUCACAGACUAAUGUCUGAAACAGAAUUUUAGUUUCUCUUUCUUUUCCUAAAAUUGGGGAAGUAUGACCAAUGCUAAUAUUAUUUUCAGGCUAUUCUUAGGUGUACAAGUUGGAAGCCUUCUUUAAGACAACUGUCAUACCCAAGAAAAUUCUUAAAUCGUAGCAGUUAAAAAUUUAUUUACCGCCUUGCCUCAAAAAAGACAUAAAUUGGCUUGCAAAUUGCACUUGGUAAAAAUGGAGUUUCUAAAACUGGUCUGUCAUUCAUUAUACAACAUAUACUGAGUACUUACGUUGUGCUGAAUUAUAUGGAAUAAUACAAUAAAUAAAGACCCAGCUUUGUCUUCUGAGAGCAUAAAUAGGCUCUAGCUGGCAAAGCAAACUGUGCGCAUCCCAAGCCUCUAAAUCAUGAUCUAAGAUAAUAUGUGCGCAAGUACUCAAAUAGGGAGCUUAUCAGCUAGCUGAUAUGCUUGAUUGAUUAUGAGCCACAGAAAUCUGGAAGACAUGGACAAUCUCUUGAAAGGACCACCAUCGGAAUGAUCAGUUCCAACUAUUUUUCCUUUUUGAACUCACUUAAAAUUCAACUUCCUGGAAGAAUAUGAUUGGUCCGAUUUGGAUCAUGGAUUCAUCUUUUGACAGACUGGGGCAGGACAGGUUAUUUGAUGGCACCACCAGACUGUAUGGAAUGGAGGCAAGUUCCUCAAAGGAAAAUCAAGACACUGUUAUCAAAAAAGAGGGGAGGGGGGCUUCCCUGGUGGCGCAGUGGUUGAGAGUCUGCCUGCCAAUGCGCAGGGGACACGGGUUCGAGCCCUGGUCUGGGAAGAUCCCACAUGCCGCGGAGCGGCUGGGCCCGUGAACCACAACUACUGAGCCUGCGCGUCUGGAGCCUGUGCUCCGCAACGAGAGGCCGCGAUAGUGAGAGGCCCGCGCACCGCGAUGAAGAGUGGCCCCCACUCGCCGCAACUGGAGAAAGCCCUCGCACAGAAACGAAGACCCAACACAGCCAAAAAUAAACAUAAUAAAUAAAUAAUAAAUAAAAAUUAAAAAAAAAAAAAAAAAGAGGGGAGGGUUGCUGCCCAGUCACAGACAUCGUGUGGUGGUAGCAGUAGUAAUAAUGGUUCUGAAGAGAGAGAAAGAUCAGCUAUGGGAUGGAAGGGAAAGAAUCAGGGUUCUGGGAGGAGGUAGGUCUCAGGCUAGUCCUAGAACAUAUGCUCUCAGAAGAUGGUGAGAAGACAGGUAUGUUUGGUGGGGAUAUUCAUGAUUCGGAAUAGUGGAGAAAAGAUGGGGAGGGCGUCAGCUUAUAGACAGCCUUGGAUAGAGGGUGCAUUGGGUUCUAGUCUCUGGACUAGAGCCAUCUGAGGUUGGUUUGUUUCUGUUUUAUCCUAGCCAUGGCGUAUUAUAAAUAUAUUUAGAGAGAUUGAUUGAGGAGUCGUCAACAGAAUGGAAUGCAGUGAGGUCAGAGAUCGGGGCAAGGAAAACCACGGAAGGUUUUUGCAUACAUUUGCCUUGAUAACAAGUCCUCAGAAGUACAAGAUCAAGGUUUCUGUUUAAACAUGCAGUAAAUGUAAAAGUCAAAAUUUGCCUGAGACUCUUAACUCAGUUGUUUUCCUAAUUAAAGUGUAUAUUUAAAAGCCAAACUAGUAACGAAAGUAUUACGUACAGCAAGGGCAGUUAGAUAAGUUAAUGUUGCUAUGGGAACCCCGGCAGAUCUUCUUGUGUCUCAAUUUAAAAAUCAUGGCCCAAGGUGGUUUUAAAAACAACAGAAGGUAAAAUUAUUCCCACAUUCUCAUACAUGUAAAUUGUACUGUCUCUCUCUGUCCUAAAUAGCAGAUUCAAGCCAGCUUCUUGACUGGCACAGUAAAAUUCUGCUCCGUGUCUUUCUAUAAUGUAUUACAGCAUGUAGUUAACCUUUAGAAACUUCAAAAAUACAUCAACCAAAUUUGGACUGUGAGACACAAACUGGGCUCUUUUGGGCUCUGUCUAGCAUAGACCUCCUAUUCCACAUGGCUGCUCAAUGGGCCAUUUCUAUCAGUGUCUUCUGCUUGUCUGGUCAGUCUUUCUCUCCCUUAGCCUACCUGAAUCAACCCCCUACUUAGAGUUUGCUGCCAGACAAAAUGUAGAUUUUUUUGGCAGAGGAAAAAAAAGAGAAAGACCUGAUUUGGAAUAUUGCCUAUAGAUAUUAAGAAAUCACGAAAUGUUGCAAAUGUAUCUGCUUGGGUAUUAGUUUAAAAUAUUUGAUAACUUUAUGAAAUUCUCAUUUUUUCCCUCACAUCCAUGGAGCUAGGACUAGUUAGGCAGAGUUUGAUAUUUAAAAAUUCAUCUGCUGAGGGAGCUGAAUUUCAAAAGGACUAUUUUCUUUCUAACAGAAAAAGAUGUGUUCCUUCAUUUUAUAAUACAGAAACAAUGAAAUAUGCUAUAUUAAAAAUGCACCCUCCGUUUUCCUCCAUUUAUAAAAAUUCACUUUUGAACAUUUUCCAAAUGUAAAAAUUCUCACACACAUGAAGUACUGUUUCAUAAGGUUGUGAGAAAGCCAAGGUAACGGUUUCUAUUAUUAAAAGUUUUGCAUUUCGGUAUGACACAUUUGUCGUAUUGAAACACCCAG